CAAACUCUGUCAAUCGCGCGUGCGGAUCAGAAUAGCUGCAAUCAGCUGUUCACGAAUUACGAAAGUGUAUUCAGAAUCGCGAUCGUUUGGCACAAAAAAAAACACUAAAAGUAGAGAGAAGUGCGAUAAUUAUUCAAAAAAAUAUUCAUAAUCCUGGUGUAAAAAAGUGAUGCGUAUAAAAUUCGAAACGCAGCGCGUAUUUAAACGAAUGGAAUGAAAGUGCAGUAAUAAUCCGUCGGGAUAAAAAACGAAAGUAGUCCCGAAAUAUCAAAUCGCCUCGUUACAAUAACGGAUAAUAUAUAGAGGAUGACGAUGCCGAAAGUGAAGCUAUUAGAUGGAAGUUUUUCCCGUCAAUUGUCAACUCACGUGGGAGAACCAAUUGACGGGGAUCCUCUGUGGACGGCCAAGUUUUUGGCAACGCAACCGGACGCCAUCCUCGCAACUCAUCUGGAUUUUCUCCGAGCCGGUUGCGACAUCAUUGAGACGAACACGUAUCAAGCUUCCGUUACCGGCUUCGUCAAAUAUCUCAACAUCAGUGAAGAAGAGAGUAUUGUGUUAAUUAAAAGUGCAGCGACUCUCGCAAAAAAGGCGGUUCAGAUCUACAAAGAAGAAACUAAAGACAUUGACGUCCCGAACAAAAACCCCCUGAUCGCCGGGUCCUGUGGACCCUAUGGAGCCGCUCUUCACGACAACUCAGAAUACACCGGAAACUAUGGAAAAGUGGUAUCUGCCUCAACUCUCGCGAACUGGCACCGAACCAGAAUGAAAGCCUUGAUCGAGUCCGGAGUUGAUCUCCUCGCCCUGGAAACAAUUCCCUGCUGGGAGGAAGGUGACGCGCUUGUGAACCUCCUCAAGGAAUUCCCCACAACAAAAGCCUGGCUCUCCUUCUCCUGCCGGACCGAUGGAAAGAACCUCGCCGAGGGCGACGACUUCAAGACAGCGGCUCUUCGAAUGUACCGGAAUGCUCUGCCAGGUCAACUCAUCGCCGUCGGCGUGAACUGCAUCGCCCCGAAAUAUAUCACUCCUCUCAUAACAGGAAUCAACAGCGAGAGCGGAACUGCCGAGGAAUUCGUUCCUCUCGUUAUCUACGCCAACAGCGGGGAAAAGUACAUUCCGGAAGAGGGCUGCUGGAAAAUGAUGGAAGACUCAUUUCCUCCCGAAAAUUAUGUCCAGGAGUGGCUGGACCUUGGAGUUAGGUAUGUUGGGGGCUGCUGCAGGACACAGGUCUCCAACUUGAAGAACAUCAGGGCCGAAAUCGAAAGUUGGCUGCUGACGAGCAAGAACAAAAUUAAUUAAGAAAUUUAUUUCAGGUUCGGUGAUAAUAAUAAUAAAUAGGUUGAGAGCAUAGUUUUAUCAAAGUAUAUUUACUGUUUUGCAUAUGUAUAUACUUAAGAAUGUAUAAUGAUCAAUUGUAUUGCAGGUGAUAUUUCGAAAUUAUAUGUAAGAAUCGCGAGGACUGAAUAAUAUUUUUAAAAAGUGGCUAAUUUUGUAAUCCAGUCACGAAUUGGAUAAAAAGAUACUUUGAUUACAUAUUCUUGAAUGCUGUUUCAUUCUGAUAAUAAAAGCAUGUGAUACUGAACCUAA